AUGACCGAUCAAGACACUACUACUACAAGUACCACUAAUCCUGAGGUAUCAGCCAGCAUUCAGUCAGUCCCUGAAACGAAUGCUGAUGUUAAAAAAGCUGAAGUGAAAACCGAGGAACUUCAAGAGGUUCCCAAAAUUGAACCUGAAGUACUUAAAACAGAAGAGCUUAAAAAAGAAGACCCCCCAAAAGAACCUAAAAUAGAAGAGGUCAAAAAAGAACAAGUAAAACAGCCAGAGCCGAUUAGCGCUGCUAUUGUUGCAGAAGAGAAACCAGAAGAGAAACCAGUAGAGAAACCUAAAGAGAAUGCUGAAGCAACUAAGAGUGUUGAACCUAAACUUGAAGAAACUAAAGUUGUAGAACCAACCAUUGAAGAACAAUCCAAAAAGGAACCAGCUAAACCAACCACAAAGGAACCAACUAAUGAGGAACCACCUAAACCAACCACGAAGGAACCAACUAAUGAGGAACCACCUAAGCCAACCACAAAGGAACCAACUAAUGAGGAACCACCUAAACUAACCACAAAGGAACCAACUACAGAGGAACCACCUAAACCAACCACAGAGGAACCACCUAAACCAACCACAGAGGAACCACCUAAACCAACCACAGAGGAACCACCUAAACCAACCACAAAGGAACCAGCUAAUGAACCAACUAAAGAAGAACCAAAGAAAGAUGAACCAAAACAAGUUGAACAAAAUCAAGAACAGAAAGAGGAUCCUAAAGUUAAUGCAGUAGAAAAGAAAACUGAAGAUGAAUCAACAAAGGUAGUUGAAGAACCAAGUAAAGCAAGCACUCCUGAAUCUAAUCCACCCGUUGUUCCACCUAAAGCUGAAGAUAAAACCGCUGAAAAUGAUGCUCCUGAAGUUCCACCUAAAAGUACGGAUACUAACGAAUCAAUUAACAAGCGGAAGAGUUUUGUUAAAAAAUUAAAAGAUUACUUCUUUAAAAAUCCUAAAGAUACUAAAGUUUCAGAAAAUUAA